UUUGUUUUUCAUGGCCUAAGUGUUUGCUCUUGUGUUGUGGCCAUCCACAUUCCAUUCUCAUUUCUCACACUCUCUCUAUCUCACUUUUCCUUAAUUUCUCAGAAACAAAAAUAAAAACAUAACAUGCCUCAGUUAUGCCGGGAAGUUGGUAACUCCACCACGCUCCGGCGGCGGUUUCACCACCGUGUCUCGUUGCUCCGGCGAUGUAUCCUCCGUGUCCUCCACCAUUUUCUUGUCUGCUCUGGGAGGAAGCCUACCAAUGCUGCCUAUAGGAUGCUGCAUCCGCAUGUGGCAUUGCCUUCUCCGUCGCCGCCGCCGGAUUUUUCUGCUGUUGAGGCUGGCCUUGGAGGGGUGCUGGUUGCGCCUCCGCCUGUGUUUCAUACUCAUGAUUUUGAAUCUGAUUUGGUUUCCCUCAAAAUCAGCUUGUUGGGUGACUGCCAAAUCGGAAAAACCAGCUUUUUGGUGAAGUAUGUUGGGGAUGAAAAAGAGCAGGGAGAAUUGCAGAGGAAAGGGCUAAAUCAGAUGGACAAAACUUUGGUUGUGGAAGGGGCACGUAUAUCCUAUUGUAUCUGGGAAGUACAAGGGGAUGGAAAAACAGAUGACCAAAUGCCAAUUGCUUGCAAGGACUCUGUGGCAAUUUUGAUUAUGUUUGAUCUAACAAGUCGAUGCACAUUAAACAGUGUUCUGGGAUGGUACAAAGAAGCAAGGAAAUGGAAUCAGACUGCAAUUCCAGUGUUGAUAGGAACCAAAUUUGAUGAUUUCAUUCAGCUCCCAAUUGAUCUGCAAUGGACCAUCGCCAGUGAGGCAAGAACAUAUGCAAAGGCCCUCAAUGCCACUCUAUUCUUUUCCAGUGCAACUUACAACAUCAAUGUGAACAAGAUCUUCAAGUUCAUCACUGCGAAGCUCUUUGACCUGCCAUGGACAGUGGAAAGGAAUCUAACUGUUGGGGAGCCCAUCAUUGAUUUCUGAACUGUAGAUUACAUGAUAGCACAUAUGUUUUUGUUGCUUCAAAGUGUUCAAAAGUCAACCGGGUCACAAGAUGUUAGUCAACCUCACACUCUUGGGGCGAUCGAGUUGUUAGAUUUAAACAUGUCACUUCCGAUGAGGAAUAAAAUGCAAGUGACAAAUAAAAGAAAUGGAAAAUGCAGGAGAGGACUAAGGUUACCAGCAUAUAAAAAGCAGAGCUUGUGCAUCAUUGAGUACAUAAAUUAGUCAAUGAUGUUCUUGUCUUGCUAUGGAGGAAUUGCUCUUUGAAGUGUCAAAAGUACUUAGAAAAUGAGAUGAUGAGGUCUCUUAGCAUGUUUGUUUGAAUCAGUUUCUAUUUCUUCAGAAUUAAUUCGAACAUUCAAAAACUACUCCUGGAAAAAGGAUUUUCAAA